AUGCCAGAACGAUUGCGACAGCUUUUUGUUGACAUUUGUCUGUUUUGCAAUCCUACGGAUGCUCUUUAUCUCUUUGAGCGAUCUUUGCCUCAGCUAAUGGAAGAUUUUAUUCGUAAUGGUCACGACGCCGAAAUAGCAAAAAACUUGACUUUGAAAUUUAUUCAAGACAAGCUACUUCUCAACAAUCAAACGAUGGAAAAUCUCUCAUUGCCUGUUCCUGAUUUUCAGCUUAUUCAUCGUCUUAUCGCGGCUCAACUCGAAGAAAAUGCUGAAAUUUCUAUGAGAGAGAAGAGAAGAUUAGGUGAAUUGAUGGUUAGUCAGUUGAACGAAGGUCAACGGGCUGCCUUCGAUCAAGUCAUGGCUGCCGUCAACGAUACUGAAAAUGCAAUUCCGCAUCAGUAUUUCUUGGAUGGCCCUGGAGGAACGGGGAAGACGUUCCUGUACAACACUCUCAUCACCGUACUGCAGGGACAAGGGAAAACAGUGAUCGCCGUUGCGUCUACCGGCAUCGCUUCUACGUUGUUGAUUGACGACACAACGUAUCAUUCCCAAUUCAAGAUUUACCCUCCAAUCACUGAAGCGACCAGAUCAAAAAUCGAAGAUGGUAGCUUCCUCGCCCAUUUGAUCAGAAGUGCAGUUCUCAUCAUUUCUGACGAAGCCACCAUGAAGACAAAUCACGCCCUUAGUGCUUUCAAUUUCCUGUUCCAAAAGUUGCACAAGAACAAUCUUCCUCACGGUGGUAAAGUGCUCCUUCUUGGUGGCGAUUUUCGUCAGUGUUUACCGGUCGUCCGACACGGAAACAGGGUGACAGUGCUGGAAGUCACUAUCCGAAACAAUGACACUUGGCCUCAGUUUCAACAACUUCGUCUGACUCAAAAUAUGCGUACCGUGGCCGGCAGUCAAGACUACGCCGAUUGGCUCAUUCAGCUUGGAAACGGAACUCUACCGACGCAUCCAAAAUUGAACAUCCCCGAUAUGAUUGAAAUUCCUAAAGAAUUUUUCAAUUAUAACCGGAGUUUAGUCGAGCACGUCUUUGGUGAUCCUGCUCAACUGUUAGAUCCUGUCGUAUCUCAACAAAUAUGCAGUCGCGCUAUUCUUUGUCCGAAAAACGGCGAUUGCUUACGAAUCAACAAUCAGAUCAUCAAAGACAUGCCCGGUACGCUUCAUGAGUACAGAAGCAUCGAUACCAUCGACUCUGACGACCCUGAAGAAAUUUCAAAUUACCCAACCGAAGUUCUCAACUCCUUUGACGUCUCCGGAAUUCCCACCCAUUUGCUGAAAAUGAAAGUGGGAGCCGUCAUCAUUCUUCUGAAGAAUAUCGAUUCGCGUCAGGGACUUUGCAAUGGGACCCGGCUCAUCAUCAGGGCGCUUAGAGAAAAUCUGAUCGUUGCAGAAAUUGCUGCUGGAAAAAACAAGGGGCACAUCGUCUACAUCCCGCGGAUGAUGAUGUCCCCAACUGAUUCGGAUCUUCCAGUCAUCCUCAAGAGGCUCCAGUUUCCCGUUUUGUUGGCGUUUGCGAUGACCAUCACAAAGUCACAGGGCCAAACGUUUGAUCGGGUCGGAAUAUUACUUCCAGAACCCGUCUUCAGUCAUGGCCAGCUGUAUGUGGCCUUCUCCAGAGCUACAUCGAAAGACGGAGUCCGAGUCGAGAUUGCUGAGUCUGGGAAACAAGGCAAGCUUCUCAAAAAUCAUCCGACAGCCACCGAAGAAGAAAAGAAAAAGGUGUUUACUUUAAAUGUUGUCUUUAAAGAAGUUUUAUUGUAA